AUGGUGGGGUUCGACAGACUCAUUUUCGGGCAGUUGUUGGUGCUGGUGGUGCAGGGCCGGUACCCGUGGCUGGAGCAGGUGACGAGGCAGGAGCAGCUGACGAGAGGGUGCACCAGGUACGGCGGGGGCGCGCGCAGGAUCGACUACGACCAGCUCGACCACGUACUGGUGGACCAUAAGCACAAGAUGCUCUAUUGCUACGUGCCCAAGGUGGCUUGCACCAACUGGAAGCGCCUCCUCAUGGUCUUGACCGGCACGUCGUCGUCGUCCAACCUCGUCGACAUCCCCGGGUCCCUAGCCCACGCCGACAACUCCACCCUCAGGCUGUCCCAGCUGGACCCCCCCGCCGUGCGCCACUGCCUCGAGCACUACACCGCCUUCGUCAUGGUGCGCCACCCCUUCGAGCGCCUCCUCUCCGCCUACCGCAACAAGUUCGAGAACACCUACAGCCAGUACUUCCAACUCCGCUACGGCCGCACCAUCAUCCGCAAGUACCGCCACAACGCCACCGACAGCGACCUGGACACCGGCACCAACGUGACCUUCCGCGAGUUCGUCUGGUACGUGCUGGAGGACGGCAGCGCCAACGAGCACUGGGCGCCCGUGUUCGACCUGUGCCACCCCUGCUCUCUCAACUACAGCUUCAUCGGGCGGUACGAGACCCUCGUCGAGGACGCCGCCGCCCUCCUCGACAUGAUCGGCGCGCCGCCCAUCGCCUUCCCCUUCACCAGGUCGUCGAACACGUCCCACAAGCUCAGGACGUACUUCCAGCAGCUGUCCAUGGACGACAUCCGCGGACUGUACAAGAAGUACGAGUACGACUUCAGGUUGUUCGGGUACACGCUCGAGGACUUGCUCGGCUUUGAUUUACCGUAAUUUAUUAAGUUUUGUACAAAGAAAUAGACAAAUAAAACAAUCGAAAAUGUGCAA